UCGAGUUUUCCGUGGAGCUACACAAAUUCCAUAAUGUGGAUCUCUUCCAGAGAGGAUAUUACCAGAUAAGAGUUGGACUGAAAAUACCAUCCAGAAUUCCGCACAGACUGUUUGCGACGAUUGCGGGACAGACAGGUGAUUCCAGCCUUUGCUCAGCCUAUGUUCAUGAAAGCAACAUUUACAGCAGAAUCUUUCAGAUCUUGUACAGAAACGAAGAAAUUAUUCUUAAUGAAUCAAUGAACUUCAGAGUGCACCUGCUUCUGGAUGGUGAAAGGGUGGAAGAUGCAUUGAGUGAGGCAGAUUUUCAGCUGAAGUUGGACCUGCACUUUACUGAUAGUGAACAACAGCUGAGAGAUGUUCCAGUGAUCCCCAUGAUUAGCAGCCGUACACUGUGUCUUCACUUCCAUCCCCGGAGAGGCCUGCACCACCAUGUUCCUGUCAUGUUUGACUAUUUCCACCUGUCAGUGAUAUCCGUCACGGUGCAUGCGUCACUGGUAGCGUUACACCAGCCUCUGAUCAG